UUCUAACACGACCAAACAUGGGACAGUCCACUCACUGGCAAGUUGUUUGUGUCGAUUGAGUGAGCGAGUGCUUGCCCAUCGUCGCGUCCACAGAUUCCACAGACCGGUGGAACAUGUUUCAAUGUCCACCAUUUCCAUGACAAGAGAUGAAUCCUCAGUGCAAUGAGGCCCCAGGUUUAUAAAGUCUCGAAACCUCAGUACUCUAUGCCUUCCACUCGUCUUGAAUCUGUCUCGAACAAGGAGAACAUCAACCCGAUUGGAUGCCAAGGGAGGAAGUCGUACAAAAAAACCAAGGCGCUCCUGCUCGCGGUGAUGCCCAUAUCUGCGGAAGUAAAGGAGAGUCAGUCUGCAAGUACUGAGCUACGGAUUAGUCCCCUGGUAGAACAACGUGCUGUAUGUGAUCAACAUUCUCUGGGUAGCAUCACAUACAGCAUCUUCGCGGGGUUGGAUGACUCUCUAUUCCCACAAAGUGCUGACAGCCGCGCCAAGGAAUUGACGGAAAGCCCGUUAGCUGAAGUGACAGAUGCAUUUACUUGAUGAUCCCUACGCGCCGACAUUGAUAUUUUAUAUCUUCGAUUAUUGUUAUUGCUAUAUUAUGUUUUACGGUCCGUGUAUCAAGUCAAUAGGUAGGUAGUGUAGACAUCUAGUAAUAGUACGCGGUC